AUGGAGGAGGAAGAUGGGGGUCCUGUGAAAAGGGAUCCGGAUGGAUUUGAUGCAGCUGUUAAUCAGCACGAGGAGGAGGAGAAGAGAAGCGGAGUUGGGAGGGUUGACGUGGCGGCUGGGGGCCCUGAAGUGAGGGUGAAACGAGAGCCAGAUUUACUUGAAGCGGAAGAGGCGGCGGAUCAUUGUUACGAGGAGGAGAAGAGAAGAAGGCUUGGGAGGUCGAAUGGGAAGCUGGGUGGAAAAACGGAUGUGGGCGCUGGUGGAGGGAAGGGGAAGGCUGUGGAUGUCACAGCAACUGCGGCGAGGCAGGAGGGGACGCCAAGUGCCCGUACAGAGAGGGGUGUUGGAGAAAGGGAACGGGGAAAAGGGGGUGGUUAUACGGGGCUGGGCGUGCUGGGGGUUUCAGGCUUGGAUGGUAGCGGAAGCAUGCAGAAAGGGAAGUUUGUUGAGAGCGUGGCUGGCAGCCUUGUCAGCCCUGCUGUCAGGACGCAGCAUCUGGCGGUGGGAGGAUCAGGCCUGGGAGCACUGGGGGUUUCAGGCUUGGAUGGCAGGGGCAGCACGCAGAGAUGGAAGAUUGUUGAGAGUGUGGCUGGCAGCCCUGUCAGCCCUGCUGCCAGGACGCAGCAUCUGGCGGUGGGAGGAUCAGGCCUGGGAGCACUGGGGGUUGCAGGAUUGGAUGGCAGCGGCAGCACGCAGAGAUGGAAGACUGUACAGAGUGGGCCCGUCUGUGCUGCUAGAGGGGAUCUGGCGGAUGGACGAGCAGGGCUGGGAGAUUCACGCUCGGAUGGCAGCGGCAGGAUGCAGAAAGGGAAGAUUGUAGAGAGUGUGUCCGGCCGCCCUGCCUGCCCUGCCAGCCCUGCCAGCCCAGCCAAAAGUGGGCUGCCAGUGGGGCAAACAACACUGGGAGCACUGCAGGGUGCAGGAUUGAAUGGCAGCGCCAGCACGCAGAGAUGGAAGACUGUACAGAGUGGGCCCGUCUGUGCUGCUAGAGGGAAUCUGGCGGAGGGACGAGCAGGGCUGGGAAAUUCACGCUCGGAUGGCAGCGGCAGCAUGCAGAAAGGGAAGAUUGUAGAGAGUGUGUCCGGCCGCCCUGCCUGCCCUGCCAGCCCUGCCAGCCCAGCCAAAAGUGGGCUGCCAGUGGGGCAAACAAGACUGGGAGCACUGCAGGGUGCAGGAUUGAAUGGCAGCGCCAGCACGCAGAGAUGGAAGACUGUACAGAGUGGGCCCGUCUGUGCUGCUAGAGGGAAUCUGGCGGAGGGACGAGCAGGGCUGGGAAAUUCACGCCAGGAUGGCAGCGGCAGCAUGCAGAAAGGGAAGAUUGUAGAGAGUGUGUCCGGCCGCCCUGCUAGCUCUGCCAAGGGGAGAAUGCCGGUGGGACGAGCAGGGCUGGGAAAUUCACGCCAGGAUGGCAGCGGCAGCAUGCAGAAAGGGAAGAUUGUAGAGAGUGUGUCUGGCCGCCCUGCUAGCUCUGCCAAGGGAAGGCUGCCGGUGGGAGGAACGGGGCUGGGAGCAGUGGGGAGUGCAGGCGGUCAUGGCAGUGGCGGCAGCACGCAGAGAGGGAAGAGUGUGGAGAACCGGGCUGACAGUCCUGCCAGAUCUGCGAGGGAGCAGCGUUUGACCGUGAGACGAACGGGCCUGGGAGCACUGGGAUUUGGAGGUGCUGUGGCAACUCGAACGGCUUCUCAGGGUUUAGCUUCUAUGGGUGCAGCUGGGGAAGGGGGGGCUGUGCGUGUGUCGGGUUUAAAAGUCCUCAAGAAUGGCACAGGUGCGGUGGAGCCUCAGAAGUCAUCUAGGGGUGUCGCUUCAAUGGGUGCACGAGGGGAAGGGAGGGCUGUGCUUGUGAAGGAGGAAGCAGUGGAGUUGGGAGAGGAGGGAGUGAGGAGUGACGUUGCUCAUGCGGUAACCGUGCCUAAUGGCGGCGGUUCUGCUGUUGCGCAUGGGGUAGCCACAUCAGGUGAUCAAAGCGCUAGCACAUCAGGUGCUGCUGCUGCUGCUGCUGGUGUCGUUGUAUCAGCUGCAACGAAGUCAGUUUUUGAGGCGCCUCAAAAAUCAGGUGAUCCUGGCGCUAGCACACUGGGAGCUGCUGGUGUUGUUGUCGUAUCAGCUGCAUUUAAGUCAAAUUUGGCUCAGAUGCGUUUAAGACGUUGUAGUGGGGAGGCGAAUAAAGUGAAUGCGUGUGCUGCGGGUGCAAGUGCUACUGGUGCGGGUGCUAUGAGUGCAAGCGUUAGUGUUCUGUGUGUGCUUGGGGGACUGCGAACAGUGGAGGGAGGAGGAGCAACACGCGUGGUGCAAGGAAGUGGGGGUGGAAAGGUUAAAGAAGAGCCAAUGAUGUUGGGUGAUGUGGGAGUGGGAGUGAUAGGAAGUAAGGUAAAUCGGAUGAAGGAUGUGGAUAGAGUGGAGGAAAAGGAGAAGGAAAAGGAGGAGGAAGGAAGAGUGGUGCGAGGGAGCGGGGGUGGUGGAAGGGUUAAAGAGGAGCCAGUGGAGGUGGGUAGUGGGGGAGAGGGAGUGAUAAGAACCGCAGUGAACCGCAUGAGGGGUAAGAGUAGAGAGGAGGAAGGGGAGGAGGAAGGUGAGGGGGAAGGAAGAGAAGAAGGGGAGGAGGACGUGGAAGAGGGGGAAGAGAUUGCAGAGGGGAUGGAUAUGGGAGAGGAGGAGGAAGAAGUGGAGGAGGGUGAGGUGGGCGAAGUUGGAGGAGAGGAGGAAGAGGAGGAGGGGGAGGUGAGAGAAAGCGAAGUGGAGAUGGAAGAAGAGGUCAAUGAGGAGGCAGGAAGUACGUUUAUGGAGGGGGGGAAAUUGGAAGAGGAGAUGGAGAGUGGAGUGGUAAGAAGGAAGGAUAGAGAAGAGGAGAGAGAAGGGGAGAGAGAAGAGGAGAAAGAAGGACUGGAUGGAGAGAAGCAGGAGGUGGAGGUAGAGGUGAGAGAAGGAAAGGAGAGGCAAGAGGAAGGGGAGGCGCAGAUAAAGCAUUGGCAGGUGAAAGAAGAAGAAGCAGUGGAAGUGGAGGGGAGAGUGGGGGAGAGAGAGGGCUGUAGAGAGGCCUGUAGAGGGGCGUGUGAGGUGGAGAAACACGAUGGGGUUGGGGAGAAGGGCCGUGUUUUGAGUCGACUCAAAACACGAGUGGGCAAGGGAGAGGCCUGUAGAGGGGCGUGUGAGGUGGAGAAACACGUUGGGGAGAAGGGCGAGGAGGGAGAAGGGGGCAAGGGGAAGGAGGGAGAGGAGGGUCGGAUAAAGCACUGGCAGGCAGAAGCAGUUGAAGGGAAAAAGAGAGUGGAGGAAGGAGAGGCGUGUGGAGGAGAGUGUGAGAUGGAGAUUGAUGGUGGAGAGGAGUACGCAGGGAGGGAGGAUGGUGAGGGGGAGGAGGAGGGUCAGCAAUGGCUGGCAGAAGCAGUGGAGGUGAAGGGGAGGGUGGAGGAGAGAGAGGGCCGUGGAGGGGCUUGUGAGAUGGAGACAGAUGGUGGGAAGAAGGGCGACGAGGGGGAAGAGGGGGAGGAGGAUAUGAGGGAGGAGGAGGGUGGGGAGGGCAAAAGGGAGGAGGGGGGCCAGAUAAAUCUCUGGCAAGAAGAAGAGAAAGAAGCGGUGGAGGUGAAGGGUGGAGUGGAAGAGGGAGAGGGCGGUGGAGGAGGAGCGUGUAAGCUGGAGAAAGACAGCGAGAAGGAGCAGAGAGGAGCACUUGAGUUGGAGAUCAAUGGUGGGAAGAAGGGGGGGGAGGGGGAAGAGGGGAGGGAGGGGAAGGGGAAGGAGGACGAGGAGAAGGAGGAAAAUAGGGAGAGGGGGGAUAAGGAAGGCAAGGAGGAAGGAGACUGGGGUAGGGAGGCGGCGAGGGCUGGGGGGGAGAUGAGUGGAAUUAGCAAGAGUGCUUGCACGGGGGUUGAUGAGCAGAGUGGAACGGUAGGGCAUGGAGCAACGGGAGGGCAGCAGAACGGAGGAGUGGAGAAAGCAGAGGCAGCUGAAGAAGAAGGUGGAGGUGGAGGAGGGGGAGGAAAGGGAGAAGGAGGGAAGGGAGGAGGGGGAGGAGAAGGAAAAGGAAGGAAGAGAGGAGGGGGAGGAGAAGGAGAAGGAAGGAAGGGAGGAGGGGAAGGAGAAGCAGCUGGUCAUGGCACCUUCAGGACAGCUUCUGAGGCAGCAGCGGUCUCCCACGUUGCUUGUGAGGCACCUCAAGAGUCGGUCCUCCAUGCAACAUCUCAGAAGCCGCAAAAAGCGGUCUCCCACUCGACACCUCCAAAAGCGGUCUCCCACACAACACCUCCAAAAGCGGUCUCCCACAGAACACCUCCAAAAGCUCCCAGGCUUUCCAAGGAGCUGAACCGGCUGUUGCACGAUGCCUGCACGACAGCGGAACAGGCAGCAACUGCGGUGUCCUUUCGGAAAGCACAGGCUGCUCUGGUGGCCGCUUCGCAAGCCCAAACGGCUGUGGUAUCAUCGUCACGAGAGAAUGCUGGGGAUGCUCGAAAAAGGCACAUACAGACUGCUGUGGAGUUGUUGUUAUGGGGAGCAGUGGCAGAGAAGGAGGAGGAGAGAGGAGGAGUGGUGGAGGGGAAGGGAGUGGAGGGAGAGGGGGGUGAAGGGAGGGGGGAGGAGGAGGAGGUGGGGGGGGGAGAUAUGCAGUGUGAGGAUUACUGCUUUGUGUGCUACGAUGGCGGUGACCUGGUGGCAUGCGAUAAGAGGGGUUGCCCCAAGGCGUACCAUCCGGAGUGCACCGGGCUGCCCGAAAAGGUUUUUGAGUCUUCUGCCCCAUGGACUUGUGUCUGCUUUGCUCCACCUCCCUUUUCCCUUUCCGUCCCUCUCUGUGCUCUCCCUUCCUCGCUACCCCUCCCUCCCUGUCUCCCCCCCACAGUGUGGCACUCCUGCUCCCGUGCCUGUCGUCGCUCCUCCCUCUUCCUCUGCCUCCUCUGCCCCACAUCCCUCUGCUGGCGCUGCCUUCGCUCCCUGCGCCGCCAUGUCUGGAUGGACCCUGCUUCUUCUGCCCGAGUGGAAAGAAUCUGGACCUUGAAACUUUCUCGGGCAGCUCAGUUCGCUGCCCGGCUUGCUUUGGGCAGGGUUUCGGGUUUGGAGGGAGGAAAGGGCAGGAGAAGAAGUUGGGAGGGGAGUGGGUCUGUUGGUGGGGAAAGGCAGGAUGGGAAGGAGGAGGCGAGGGGGAAGGAGAUGGAGGGGGUAACUGGGGAUGAAUUAAAUGUAGAGGCGCCCAUGAAACAAGAUGGGGAGGAGGAGGCGAGGGAGAAGGAGAUGGAAGGUGGGGAUGGGGAUGGCGGAGAGAAGGACGAGGUGAAGGGGGAUGAGGAAGGUGGGAGGGAGAGGGAUCGGAAGCAGGGAAAAGAGAGUGGGCAAGCAAGGACGGAUGGGGAGGGAGGGAGUGAUGGCGGCAGAGAGAAUAGAACAGAAAAGGAGAAUGAGGAGGGACCAGAGAGGGAAAGGGGGCGAGAGAGUGCAAAGGAGAGGGAAAGUGAGGAUAAGGGGCAGAAUGUCAGGGAGAAUAGGGAGGAGAAGGGGUUUUCAGAGGGAGAGAGUAUCUGGUGGGGCAGGGAGGGCGAGGAGAGGAGGGAAGGGAGUGUGGGGUGGAUGCUGGAGCAACUGGAGGAAGGAGGACGGAAGGUUCUGGGGCUGUGCGGCGCGUGCUAUGUGAAGUUGGCGAUGAUUCAACACGGCAUCGAGAGGACUCCCACUGGCAGGGUUCUAGACAUGGACGAUACAUUCUCCCCUGCUUGGUAUUUCAAGGACUAUCACUCGGUGAUGCGUGAUCGGGAGCGGUUGAUGAUCGACGUGGGGAAGGCUCCUGAUGACUGGGCCUCUCUCAGAGAGAGGUGGCUGUGUGGGAUCGAGCUGGGUAUGCAUGGCCAUGGGCAUGGCCAUGGCCAUGGUGAUGCUCAUGCGGAUGCACAUGCACAUACCCACGACGAUAAUGAUGGUGGGGACGAUGGGGCAGCAGUAGAAGGAGCGCCCUAUGCAGCCAUCAACGAUCGCAAUCUGACCCAGAUUCACCUCAAGCGCCGGCACAUGGAGGUUGCUGAGAGGCUGGGGUUAGAGAAGGCUGCUGAGCCGGGAGGAAGCUUGGAGAGGUGUGCAGAGGCGUUAAGAGGGAUGCUGGUGGGGGGUUUGGCUCGUCUGCGGUGUUCGGAUGGGUUUGAGAUGGUGAACUAUUCGGGGUACAAGCUUGUCCUCGUUACAAAUGUUGAGUAUUUCACCUCAGUGGCACCCAACUUAGGCUUGGGCCCACCAGGAUUUAACAUACCUCAGAACCAACAGCACCAGCAGCAGCACCACCACCACCACCACGUGAUGUUGGUGACAGUAUUGGACGGCCGUAAGAACCGCCUGGACAGGUGCAGUGUGGCGGAGUUUUCCGACGGUGCAUUCUGCGCUCCCGAGGUGGCGGAGGUCAAAGAGUUGGUGCGACGAGGGUCACUACCUCCCUUCUUCAUGGACAAGUUGGAGGAGCAGGUGCGGCAGAUAAGGCAUAUCUUCUUUGAAAUGACUACCGUCUCACCUUUCUCAACCGCCCCGUACUCCUUGAUGUUGAUGCUGACGGCUCCUCUGCCCCUAACCACCCGCUCUCGCACCCCUCUCUUGCCCCUCCCACCAAACCGCCUCCCACCCAACCGCCUCACACCCAACCGCCUCACGCCCAACCGCCUCACACCCAACUGCCUCACACCCAACUUCCUCCUUCUUCUGCCCAUGCCCCCUCCUCCCAACCCCCCUCUUCACAGCCCCCUUCCUCCCACCCCCCCUCCGCCCAUCCUCCUUCCUACACCGCGCCUUCAACCGUUUUCUCCCCAGGAGGGGCUGUUCCACCCCGAGGGGGAGCAACUGCGCCCACAGGGGGAGCAACUGCGCCCACAGGGGGAGCACCUCCGCCCACAGGGGGACUUCCGCCUCCCCCAGGGGGCGCUCCUCCGCCCACAGGGGGACUUCCGCCUCCCCCAGGGGGCGCUCCUCCCCAAGCAUGGGGGAAGCCUUGCACCUCAGGGGCGAAUGACUCUCUUCCACCUCCCCCAGAGGGCGCACUUCCCCCUACAGGGGGGAAACCGCCUCCCCCAGAGGGCGCACUUUCCCCCACAGGGGGGAAACCUUGCACUUCAACAUCAACGUCCCCUCACUCUCUUCCUUCACUGGUGGAAACGCCUGGGGCCCUACUCACUUACUCAGUUGUACCAGUGGGAAGGCCAUGCCGGGUUUAGGGAUACGCUUGUGUGGAAUGCGAGGGAUGCUGCUGUUAGUGGUGGUGCGGUGGUUGCUGAUCGGUUGGGGUCGCUUUUGGAUGAGUGGAGGCCGGUGAAACUAGCAGCAGAGCAGCAGCAGUUGGCACGAGAGCAGCAAUUGGCAGCAGGGCAGCAGUUGGCAGCAGGGCAGCAGAUAGCAGCAGGGCAGCAGUUGGCAGCAGGGCAGCAGAUAGCAGCAGGGCAGCAGUUGGCAGCAGGGCAGCAGUUAGCAGCAGGGCAGCAGUUGGCAGCAGGGCAGCAGUUAGCAGCAGGGCAGCAGUUAGCAGCAGGGAAGCAGAUAGCAGCAGGGCAGCAGUUAGCAGCAGGGAAGCAGAUAGCAACAGGGCAGCAGUUAGCAGCAGGGCAGCAAUUGGCAGCAGAAGCCAAAGCAGAAAAGGCAGAAGGAGCAGGUGAAACAAGAGCAUCAAGGCCAACAGCAACAUCUGGGGGCGAAGUAGCUGCGGCAGAUGGGGUAGGAAGAACAGCAGGAGAAUCUACAGCUGCAGGAGCAUUGGUAGGAGGAGCACCAGGAGCAGCAACUGCAGCAAGGGCAACGGCUGGUGGUGCUGGUGGUUCUGCUGAUGGUGGUGCUGAUGGUGGUGCUGGUGGUUCUGCUGAUGGUGGUGCUGCUGGUGGUGCUGGUGGUUCUGCUGAUGGUGGUGCUGCUGUCGCUGCUGCUUUUGCUGCUUUUGCUGCUGCUGAUGGCGCUUCUGCUGGUGCUGCUGACAACGAUAAUGAUGGUGGUGAUGGUGAUGGUGGUGACUAUAAUGGUGUUGACAUGGAUUGCAGUGAGGAGGAUGAGGAUGUGCAAGAAUGUGACUAUGGCGAGAGUGAUGAUGAGAGUGAGGAGGAUUCAUUAGAUUCUAUGGAGCUGAAGCUGGGGAUACGGAGGAGGAGAGAGGAGAGGCUCGCACAGGCAAUGGGGGGCAUGGGAGGGGGGUGGGGAAAUGGAGAGCUGAAUGGGGAGGGAAGGGCAGGUGGUGAAGUAAUAGGGAGGACUGAAGGGGCAGUGGGCGGAGUGGGGGGCGUGGGAGCGGGAGGAGGCGAGGGGGUGGGAAAUGGUUCUGAGACGGCACAAAAUUCUGGCGGCAUAGUGGGUGGAGGAGGCGACGGGAGAGGGGGAGAAGUGGGAGUGAGUGGUAAGAGAGUGGGAGAGGAUGGUAAGGGAAUGGGGGAGGGUGGUAAGCGAGUGACAGAAGAAAACAGCAGUGUGUUGAGAGGGCAGGGGAAGGGAAUGGAGGGGGUGGGAGAGAGAGUGGAAUUGGAAGGGAGAUAUGGAGUGGCAGGGACUGGAAGGGGAACAAAGGAGCAAGGGACAGGAGGAGAGGUGCAAGGGACAAGAGGAGAGGAGCAAGGGACAAGAGGAGAGGAGCAAGGGACAAGAGGAGAAGAGGGCAGGAGGAGCAAUGGAGUUAGUAGUCCCAGCAGCAGAAGAAGCAGGGGUAGAGAGAGGAGCAGGAGCAAGGAUAAGGGUAGGCACAGGAGUAGGAGCAGAGAAAGGGGAAGGAGGAGCAGGAGCAGAGAUAGGAGUAGAAAGAGAAGCAGAAGCAAGGAUAGGGGAAGGCACAGGAGUGGAAGCAGGGACAGGGAAAGGAGGAGGAGUAGGAGCAGAGAUGGAAGAAGCAUGAGCAGAAGCAGAAGCAGAGACGGGAGGAGAGGAAAGGAGAGGAGCAGCAGAAGUAGGGAACGGUGGGAGCGGUGGGAGCGGAGAGAGGAAAGAGAGAGGGAAUUGGAGCGAGGGGGGUCGGGGUGGAGGGGUGAAGGGGCGGAGAUGGUAGGGAUUCCGAGUUGGGGAGAAGGCGUGGAAGGUGGAGGGAGAGGAAGAGGCGUGAGAGGAAGGGGAGGGAGAGGGAGAGGGAGGAGAGUAAGGGAAGGGGAAGCAAGGGUUUACAUCUUUAGAGCUCAGCCAAGCGCUGAUGUUGGUGCGGAGGAGGGACCACCUGGGUUCAAUUAUGGGCAUUCAGUUGGGGAAGGGCUAGCGAGAGGUCAAGGGGAAGGGCUUUUGGUAGGGAAAGGGCUAGGGGAAGAGCAAGUGCGGGGGCGAGUAGAAGGGCGAGUGGAAGGACGAUCGGAAGGGAAACUACAGGGGCAGGGGCGUUUGUACGAAGGAUGGGGGACAGGAGAAGAGGGUUCAGUGGGGUGGGGAGGAGCAGGGGAGGCUUGGGGUGGAGGAGGGGGAGUUGGAGGGGGAAGUGGAGGUAGUUGGGGAGGGGGAUGGGGAAAAGGGGGUGGUCAGGGGGGAGGAGAAGGGGGAAAAGGAGGGUGGGGCGGAGGUAGUUGGGAAGGAGAAGGGGGAGGUGGAGGGGGUUGGGGAGCGGUAGGCACAGGUGGUUGGGGGGGAGGGGCAGGAGGAGAAGGGGGGGGGAGAGAAGGGGGAGGGGGAGGUGGGGUCAGAGGUGGUUGGGGAGGAGAAGGGGGAGGAAGGGGUGAAGGUGGCUGGGGAGGGGAUUGGGGGAAAGGGGAAGGUCAGGGGAAAGGAGAAGGAAGAGGGGGAGGGGGAGGGGGAGGUAGGGGUAGUUGGGGAGGAGAAGGAGGAGGGGGGUGGGGAAGGGGAGGAGUGCAGGGAUGGGGUUCAGAAAAAGACAAGAACGAAGGAGGAGCACGGGGACAGAAUGUCAGUCAGGAGAUGAAUCCCUCGGAGGCGUGGGAGGGUCGUGGGAGAGGCAGGGAGGAGAGUGUGUGUGAUAGGGAAGCAGUGUUCGUGGGCGAAAUGAAGAAGCUUCAGCGAACUUUGGCGAAAAAUCCAAUUCGUUACGGCGGGAUGGCCAUCGCGCUGAAGCAAGGGCUCAAAAAGAUGCAAAAGAAUGCUCCAAGCGAAUUGCUCCCCGCGGUCACCAUUCUCGUUCCGACCAAUCGCGCGCUUCUCGCCGCGAGCCUGAACCCCGCUUUCCUGAUCGACCUCAUUCAAAACAAGAAAAAAGUCCAGAGUAUCGCCAAGGUGAACGUGCUCGUCGGCGAAUACGACUACAGUACUUUAAAGUCUACACCCAAGGGACAAGGAAUACAAACGGCUGAUUCGAAAAAGAAAGUCGCGAGAUACAAGGGCCAGGAUAGCCCGAUGAUGCAAGGCACGGGAAUGACUCUGGGCGUUGUCGGGGCGAAGGGACGAGCGGAGGUUAUGAAUAAGGACCUGUUUAGCGGCAAUUGCGUUGUUGCGCAAGGAAUCAGCAGACUGCUCCAGCCGUGA